AUGCUACGAAAUGAGCGAAACCUCGUGUGUGGCACCUGUGGGACCGUGAAGAAUCACCAGGUGCCGUGUUUGGAAGAGACGACUACCAGGUCGGUGCGACGAACCCCGAGGAAGCGACGGAGCAAAACGCUGUCGAGUUUGUCGGAAACCGAAGAGGAUGUCGAGAAAACGUUCCUCGCUUCCACGCCUCUGCAGGGUUCCCCCGUCUUGAAGACGAUGGCGAGUGUGAGUUCGAUGGUGGCGACGCUCAGCCGAUCGUCCACGACGACGACGACCACGGUCGUCGGGGAGGAGGAGACGGGGGGGGAUCGGGCGGGGAUGACGUCCGACGACGCGGAGUCUCGGACGACGAAGUCUUCUAGUCGCGUCCGGAGGAGGAGGAAGGAGGAGACGACCUCUGGGUACUCCACGGACGAGGAAGAUCCCCUGAUCCCAAUCUCUGCAGAGAAAGGAGGAUAUACAUACGCUCAGAGCCUCGCAUAUCGAUCACAUAUCACUCCAACCCGAGUCAUCACCAGUCCCAAUAUGGCCCGACACCCUCUGAAUGGCAGUAGGAUUUCUGCUGGAGCUGAUACAAGUGGGGUGUACCGCUGUGAGGACUGUAAUAGUCAUGCAUUAUUCCCUCAGUGGUUAAAUAGGCUUCUCCAAGGACAACAGGACACUCAGCAGACUCUAUAUGAAGGGGCUUUUUCUGAUGAUGAAGAAGAACGAGGGGAGGAUUUGAACCGUGUGCCUAGGGCCCGUCCAAAUGGCAUUCACCCUGCCAACCGGUUGGUUGAACCCCCAGUUGGUGCACCUUCUGCAGCGGGUAAUGGAGGAGGAAGAGGAGGAAAAGCUGCAGGUCCCAGUGAAACAGAAAGACUAGCUGCGGCUGCACUGGUUGCCAAUCGGAGUUCUGCUGUUAAUGUCUAUGGCCGGAGCUCCACUAUCUUUCGUAGAGUUCUUACCAUAUUGUAUACUCCAUUGGCUGGUAUUGAAGUCAUGGAAACCCUUAUUCGGCCAUGCUUUCGAAAGCUCAAGUGGUUGUUUGCCCUGUUUGUGCUUCUAUUGUGUUUCUUGGCAUAUAACUGGGACCACCAAAUGUCCCACUGCAAGGAGGUGGCUCAUGUAUCUGGUCAGGAAUGCCCUGAAAAAAUUGAAUGGUCUUCAUUAUCCUUCUGGUUCCCAUGGUUGGCAAAUAACUGCACCCAAAGGGAAUCAACUGUAACCCCAGGGAUGCCUGUUGACCCAGGACCCAGUCUUCAUCAUCAAAUGAAUCCUUGCCCUAAUCCAUGCCCUGAGGUGGACCCAGGAAAAUUGACUGCCUUCAUGCUCUCAUCCCCCGACUUCAAGGAUUUCUUCCAGUCUCAGCAUAAAGAGUUCAUGACUGCCUUAGCCUCGGUGGAGAUGCGGGAAACGCAUCACAAUGAAAAAGUGGCAGAGGAGCUCAAAGCGUGUUGGAAAAAGUUGGAAGGAGUGGAAUUAAAGCUGAAAGGGUUGCAGGAAAGUCUUGGAAGUCUUGAAGGUUCUGUCCAACGUACAGAGCGCAUGGUCGGAACUCUACAACCUGGAUCCAAUGCUGUACCUGUCCAAGACAUCGAGGACCUGUGGGAUCAGGUCGAUUCCCUCAAGGAUGCAAUCCAUGGCCUUCAGGCGAUGCAGAAUGAAUAUGCUAGAGCCAUAGAUGCAAAGAACAUCACAGCUGAGAUCCAUGCCAGUCUUGGGGAAAUUAUGGCAGCUGCUGGGGAAAGUGAGGCUGGACCCACAGAACCCAGAAGUUUUGGUGCAUGGAUUCGUCACAUCAUACGGUCACGAUUCAGCGGGAUGUCAUGGGAGAACCUCCAGGUCCAGAUUGAAAAGAGCUGUGAGUCCCAGUUGGAUGAGAUCAGGGCAACAGUGAAGGAAUUUGAAGGGAAGCAGGCAUCAGCCUGUCCAACAUGCACUCAAAGUGUUGGAGCUGGGCAGAGUCAGGAGACUUUGGGAAUUCCUGUCAACAUCUCCUCCUACUCUGAAUAUUUCCUCUCCCUAAUUCGCAAGGAACUGGCCAAAUUUGAUGCAGACAAGACUGGAAUGGCUGAUCAUGCCUUGGAAUCUGCUGGAGCAACUGUGAUUAACACAAGGUGCUCUGAAACAUAUGACCUGGGAAUGGCUCAGCUGCAAAUCUUUGGAAUCCCCAUUUGGAACUACCACAACACUCCAAGGAAAGUGAUUCAGCCUGGGAUGUCACCAGGCCAGUGCUGGGCAUUCAAGGGAGCUCAUGGAUACCUGGUGAUCAAACUUCCAUCCCAUGUCAGGAUCAGUGGCUUCACCCUUGAACACAUCCCAGUGGAGCUGUCUACCACUGGCAAUAUCAAUUCUGCCCCCAAAGACUUCUUUGUCCUGGGGCUGAAGCACGAGAAGGACUAUGAAGGGGUUAUGCUGGGUAAAUACACCUAUAAUGAUAAAGGACCCACACUGCAGUUCUUCCCUGCUCAGACUCUUGUGGAUGACAGUUUUGAGAUCGUGGAGCUCCGAAUCACGUCCAAUCACGGACAUCCUGAUUACACGUGCAUCUAUCGGUUCCGCAUUCAUGGGAAACGUGUGAACUGAUGCUCAUUUCACUGGAUCAAAAAGACUCCAGGUCAGCUGUGAAAGAAGUGGUUUUACUUGGUCUCUGACCUGUUGUCUCUCAUGCUUAACUCAUGCCCUGGUACCUCCCCCCCCCCC